UAAUCAACGCUCAAAUCAGCCCCAUGGGAAACAUAAAAGUGUUAGACCUUUAUAGUGGAAUAGGGGGGCUACACUACAGCAUGCUACAAGCCCUAAUAAAUUGCGUCCACGAGAGGGCAGAAAAAGGCACCCUCAAAGGGGAAGCUACAAAAGAGGAUGUUCCCAUCUGUGCCAACCUUUUCAAUGACGCAGUUCGCUUCAUAUCGAUAGAUCUUAACUACCUAGCGAAUCAAACACACUACCACAACUUCGAGGAAAAUUCGAUCUACCUAACACAAAAAAAAUAUAUCGACAAAUUUUUUAAAGAGUGUCAAGGAGAGCGGCGAACCCAGAGGGAAACGCCCCCCGAAGGGGCGCACAACGGAGGAAGGAACAACAUGAAAGAGGUCCCCUUCGUCGAAGAUAAAAAUUACAUCCUUCAAACAGAUAUAAAUAACCUGGACGAACAUUUUCUCGAUUACCACAAAUUUUUCAUUCUGCUAAUAUCGAAUCCAUGUCAGCCGUACACCAGACAGAAUAAGAAAUUCCAGCAGAUCAAUUUGGAUGAGUUAUUCAAAAAGUACGCCUACUGCGCAGCAGAGGAUUCUCCUCUGGGGGGAAAAAAAAAGCAAAAUGGAAGUUCUCCCUCCCCUUUAGACAAAUCGGAUCAUAUGAAUAAUUUGUUCACCCAAACUUGUGGUGCGAAUGCAAGCAGUGAUACAGAUGAUAAGGCCCACUUUGCCACCCCAAAGUGUAACGGUAUGGGAGACAUCCCCUUCAAAUGGAUAAAUAAAAAAAACGAUUACGAUAAAGUAUUGUGGGAACCCCCCCAAAGAGCAGACCAGUUCCACGUGGAUAAGCUAAACCUAGACAAAGCCUUAAGCUCCCUACAAAUCGAAAAGGAUGAACGGUCAAGAAGUUUUAUCCACAUUUGCAAUUUGCUGAAAAAGGUAAAAGAAGAAAAUUUGCCAAAAUAUAUUUUUAUCGAGAAUGUCAGAAAUUUUGAAUUAUCCACUUCCUUUUUUUAUUUCAUAAAUUCAGUUAAGGAGAAUUAUAAUUUCCAGACCUACCUUUUGUCUCCCCUACAGUAUGGCAUACCGAAUGAGCGUCUUCGUUUUUAUUGCAUAUGUAGGAGGAAGCACAACUUGGUUGAUCUUACAUCAUGGGAAUGCUUUCCCAGUGGAGGGACAACCCCACUAUACAGCAAUUCACUUAUGCCAGCCAAGUGUAUCAUCCCCGCAUUUGAAAACAACCCCAAUUUUAGGCCUUCCCCCAAAUACUCUUUUUACACCCCCAGCUUGGCCACAUUCUUGGACCAUAAUGAAAAGUACCCAAUAACGUGCUACACAAAAGGAGAGAUAAACUUAACUAAUGGGACAUUGGAGGAACACGAAGUUGCGAACAGUACCCUGACAACAUGCUCGUCAUUCUGUUUUGACAUGAUCGAUAUAAACCGAAAUGGGAAUGUGUGCUGCUUCGACGGGGGUCGUUAUUAUGUCGAGAAAAGUGAAGCCAUAAAGGACCUCCCAAAUCAGGGAUACUUGAAGGACUUGAUUAACUCGAACAAAUUGCAUUCCAUGUGCUUCACGUCUAACUAUGGGAGGUAUAUUAACGGAUCCGGCUCGGUUCUCUACUUCUCCAGGCGCAGAGGGGGGUCCCCCUCAAGUGGCAGAGAAACGGGAUGUGGGCAUGCACAGAGUGGGCGUAUGACAAAAGCCCACAUGGGAGACCACCCCUCGCGCGACGGCUCCUGCAGGGACGACUUCUAUCGCGACAACUUCUCCCACGACGACUUCUCCCACGAGGGCCACUCCAGCGAACAGCCCAACCCGGAUAAGCCUCACCACGGAGAAAUAAUCAAACAAAUGAGCAAAUAUAAAAACAGAGUGCGGUACUUUACCCCCGUAGAGAUAUGCAGACUGAUGGGUUAUAAGAUGCGUACCAGCAGGGCUAAUACGGAGGGCAGCGAAAACAAAAAAAACAGAGUCGGAAAUAUCUACUGGAACAUGGACCACAUUAACCAUAUGUGCGCCUACACGUAUAGUGUGCACUACUGUGCUAAUAGCCAUAGCGACACUUGUUUGUUCAAUGAAGGGCUUCAUUUGGCAGAGAAUCCUGUGAGAAAAUCACCAAAUGAUGGAGUGUGUUGCGGUGGCGAAUCUACCCAUGGAAAACUCCAAGACGAACGGACUGCACCCUGCUCCUGUCACGAAUUUAAAUUUCCACCAUUUUUGACAAACAGGCAAAAGUACAAAUUGGUUGGCAAUUCCGUCAACGUCACUGUGAUAUCUUUAAUUUUUCAAGCCCACGACAUUUUCGGGGACCUCCUCAAAGGGGGGACCCGUCCCAGCU